GGCGCGCUCAGAGGAUCUCGUCGGGCCCGCGCCGGACGCGCGGACGUGAAGCGCCUGUGCCGUCGCCGACGCCCCAUCGCACCGUCGCCCGCCCGAAUUACCCCCCCGGAGCCAUGGCCUCGCGUUCUUCCGUGGUCGUCGCCGCCGUCGCCGCCGCCGUGGCCUGGCGCGUCGGCCAGGGCGUCGGGGGGGGCGACGAGGCGUCCCUCCGGGCCGAGGUCCGGGCUUUGCGGUCGGCCCUCGCCGCCGCGGGCGUCGAGGCGCCCGGCGCCGGCGCCCCCGACGGCGCGGCGGGGUGGCGGCCGCUCCGCGUCGCCGUCGCCGCGGCCGCGGCCUACGGCGCCUGGCGCGCGAGGAAGAACGUCGCGGCCUGCGAGCGCGACCUCGCCGCGUUCCGCGAGUCGGGCGUGACCACCGCGACGCUCCGCGACGUCGUCACGUACCGCGCGGAGCAGUGGUGGGCGACGACGGCGAGCGGCAUCCCGUUGACGCUCCUCGCGGCGUCCGUGGGCUUCGUGCUCGCGGGGAGCCUCGCCUACGCCGCGGCCACCGGCGACGACUGGGAGGACGCGCUCUUCGCGUCGUGGCUCUUCGUCGCGGACCCGGCCGCGCACGCGGGCGUCACCGGCGCGGCGGCCACCGCCGUGGGCUUCGUCAUGACCGUCGUGGGCCUCGUCAUCUUCGGCUUCGUCGUCUCCGUGACGUCGGAGGUCAUGGGCGCGCGCGUCGAGGCGUUGAAGCUCGGCAACUCCGCCGUCGUCGAGCAGGACCACACGCUCGUGCUCGGCUACAGCGAGAACCUGCGGCCGCUGAUCGCGCAGGUCGCCCUCGCGAACGAGAGCGAGGGCGGCGGCGCCGUCGUCGUGCUCACGGAUCGCAUCCCCAUCGCGGACCUCACGAAGGCCGUCGACUUCUCCGAGUCCGACGCGGCGCGGCGCGCGAAAAACGUCGCGACGACGGCGACGGUCGCGCGGCGCGGGUCGCCGCUCCGCGUCGGCGACUUGAGGCGCGUCUCCGCGCCCACGGCCAAGUGCGUCGUCGUCCUGGCGGACCACGACGUCGGCGCCGACGAGUCCGACGCCAAGGUCAUGCGCGCCGUGCUCGCGCUGUCCGCGUUCCCGAAGCUCCGGGGCCACGUCGUCGCCGAGGUCCGCGACGUCGACAACGCGGAGAACGUGCGCCUCGUGAGCCGCCACCCCAUCGAGUGCGUCGUCGCGAACGACGCCAUCGGCCGCAUGAUGAUCAACUGCGCGCGCCAGCCGCUCCUCGCGUCCGUGCUCCAGGAGCUGCUGGGCUUCGAGGGCGACGAGUUCUACCUGCGCCACUGGCCGGCCCUCGUCGGGAAGACGUUCCGCGAGCUGGUCGAGGGCGACCUGCUCGAGGGCGCCGUCGCUGUGGGCCUGCGGCGUCGCGACGGCGCCAUCGAGCUCGACGCGGUCGACGCGACCAUUCGCGAGGGCGACGAGGUCAUCGUCAUCGCCGAGGACGACGACACCUACGGUCUCCGGGAGGCGCCCGCGCCGCGCUCGGCGCCGAAAGCGCGCGCGGAGUCGCCCGCGGGCGGCUCGUCGACGCCGAGCGCGCGGACGUGCAGCCUCGUCGGGUCGUCCGACCCGCAGCACUACCUCUUCCUCGGCUGGCGCAACGACAUCGCGGACAUGGUCGCCUACCUCGACGAGGUCGCGCCGCCGGGGUCCCAGCUGACCAUCGCGGCGCCGCUCCCGAUCCGCGACCGCGACGAGCAGAUGGUCGCGGACGGCCGGGGCCGCCGGGGCCCGCUCCGGCGCCUGAGCCUGCGCCACGUCGUCGACACGGUCGUCUCCCGCGCGGCUUUGGAGCGGUUGCCCCUCGACACCUGCGACGCGGUGCUGAUCCUGAGCGACCAGGGCACCGAGGACCCGCACCACGCCGACAGCCUCGCGCUCGCGACGCUCGUGCUCGUGCGCGACGUCCAGCGCCGGGGGCCGAGGCACGCGGGCCGCCACGACGGCGAGCCCCUCGAGGAGCAGGUGUCGUCGCGGUCCUGGACGUCGCGGGGCCGCGGGCGCCGCGCGUCGCCGGGUCCCGGCGACGGCGAGCCCCUCGAGGAGCGGGUUUCUUCGGCGUCGCGCGGGUCCCGCGGCCGCCGCCUCGGCGGCGACGGCGAGCCCCUCGACGCGCAGCUCAGCCGGUCGUCGACGUCGUCGCUCGCGAACGACCGCACGCCGUCGCUGCCGCUGCCCGGCGCCGGCCGCGGCGGCGCGUGCGCGGUCGUCACGGAGCUCCGCGACAUCUCGCUCCAGCGCAACGUGCGGUCGAGCGGCCUCGCGGACUGCGACUUCGUCGCGAGCCACGAGCUCGUCGCGCGCAUCGUCGCCAUGGUCUCCGAGCGCGCGGAGGUGUCGCCGAUCCUCGACACGCUCCUCGACGCGGCCGGGCCCUCGCUCCUCAUUGUGCCCGCGACCAAGUACGUCGCGCCCGGCGCGAUCGCGACGUUCCGCGACGUCGCCGUCGCCGCCUUGGACCACGGCGACGUCGCCAUCGGCACGCUCCUCGACGGCGCGGACCUCGUCCUCAACCCCCGCGACAAGAUUUCGGCGCCGCGCGCGUGGUCGCCCGACGACUCCGUCGCCGGCGAGACGAUGGCGAGACUAGGUGCAAGCACGCUCAUCCUCUGCGCCGCGGCUUCGGCCUUCACGUCGCCGCGCCAUCGAUGCCUUCCCGCGCCGCGCGCCGCGCGCGCGUCGCGGCCCGUGGCCAUGAACCUCGGGGAGAUCCGGGCGGAGCAGUUCACGGAGAAGGCCUGGUCGGCGCUCGAGGCGUCGGGCGCCGGCGCCACGGCGCGCAAGGGCGGCGUCGUCGAGCCCGAGGACCUGCUCGUGGCCAUGCUCAAGCAGGACUCGAACGGGCUGCUGAACCGCGCGCUGCGGCUCUGCGAGCCGCCCGCGGACGAGCGGGUGCUCCGGCGCCUCGCGGACGAGAAGCUCUCCGGCCUGCCGCGGGUCGACGGGGCCCAGCCGCGCUUCGGCCCGCGCACGGAGGCCGCCAUCGGCGACGCGCUGAAGCUCAGCAAGGAGUUCAAGGACGCCUACGUGAGCAACGAGAUCGUCGGCCUCGCGCUCCAUACGCCGCAGGCGUGCGGCGAGCUCUUCGAGAAGGCGGGCUGCAACGCGGCGACGCUGCGGACCGCCGUGAAGAAGCUCCGCGGCGAGUCGACGGUCCAGUCGCGCACGCCGGAGGCGAGCAUGGACGCGCUCAACACCUACGGCAAGGACCUCACGGCGCUCGCCAGGGCGGCAAAAGAGAGCGACAUGCCCAACUUCAAAGGCUCCUUUCUCGGCCGUUUUCCACUCGCGCUCGCCAAGGCGGGCAAGCUCGACCCGGUCAUCGGCCGCGACGACGAGAUCAAGCGCGCGAUCCAGAUCCUGAGCCGGCGCACGAAGAACAACGCGUGCCUCGUCGGCGAGCCCGGCGUCGGCAAGACGGCCAUCGCCGAGGGCCUGGCCCAGCGCGUCGUCGACGGCAACGUGCCGGAAGCGCUGAAGGGCCGGACGAUCGUGAGUUUAGACAUGGGCCUGCUCAUCGCCGGCGCCAAGUACCGCGGCGAGUUCGAGGAGCGCUUGAAGGCCGUCAUCGACGAGGUCGAGACCGCCGCGGGCAACAUCAUCCUGUUCAUCGACGAGAUCCACACCGUCGUCGGGGCCGGCGCGUCCGGCGGCGGCGGCGCGAUGGACGCGUCGAACCUGCUCAAGCCGGCGCUCGCCCGCGGCGAGCUGCGCUGCGUCGGGGCGACGACGGUCGCCGAGUACCGCCAGCACAUCGAGAGCGACAAGGCUUUGGAGCGGCGCUUCCAGAAGGUCGUCAUCGCGGAACCGGACGUCGAGGCGACGGUGUCGAUCCUGCGCGGCCUCAAGCCCAAGUACGAGCUCCACCACGGCAUCCGCGUCCUCGACUCGGCCCUCGUCGCCGCCGCGCGCCUCAGCGACCGCUACGUCUCCGGCCGCUUCAUGCCGGACAAGGCCAUCGACGUCGUCGACGAGGCCGCGGCCAAGCUCAACAACGAGGUCACGAGCCGCCCGCCGGCGCUCGACGCCGCGGACCGCGAGGUCGUGGAGCUGGAGAUGGAGAAGGUGAGUUUGACGUCGUCGUCCAUCGCGACGGCGAACCCCAUCGAGGACGCGUCGCAGCGCGUCGCGGAGAUCGACGCGCGGCUCGCGGAGCUCGAGGCGCUCCAGCGGCAGCUCGUGGCCACGUGGGAGCUCCAGAAGUCGUCCGUCGGCGGCGUCGGCGACGUGAAGCAGCAGAUCGCCGACAAGCUCAAGGAGGCGGAGCAGUUCGAGGAGCGCAUGGAGUUCGAGAAGGGCGCCGAGGUCCGCUACACGGCCAUCCCCGAGCUCGAGCGGAAGCUCGCGGCCAUCGAGGACGCGCUGGACCAGGACAAGGGGUCCAUGGUCGCGCGCGACACGGUGACGCCCGACGACAUCGCCGCCGUCGUCGCCGCGUGGACGGGCGUGUCCGCGGCGCGGCUCGUGUCGACGGAGCGGCAGAAGCUCCUCGACCUCGAGGCGACGCUCGCGGCGCGUGUCGUCGGCCAGCCCGACGCCUGCGCGCUCGUCGCCGACGCCGUGCGCCGGUCCAAGGCGGGGCUCGGCGACCCGUCGAAGCCCAUCGCCGCGUUCGCGUUCCUCGGGCCGACGGGCGUCGGCAAGACGGAGCUCGCGAAGACGCUCGCGGCGGAGGUCUUCGACGACGCCGACGCCCUCGUGCGCUUCGACAUGUCCGAGUUCUCCGAGAAGCACACCGUGAGCCGCCUCCUCGGCGCGCCGCCGGGCUACGUCGGCUACGACCAGGGCGGCCAGCUCACGGAGGCCGUGCGGAACCGGCCCUACUGCGUGCUCCUCUUCGACGAGAUGGAGAAGGCCCACCCCGACGUCUUCGACACCUUCCUCCAGCUCCUGGACGACGGCAUCCUCACGGACGGCCAGGGGCUGACGGUGAACUUCCGCGACGCGAUCGUCCUCUUCACGUCGAACGUCGGCUCGCAGCUCAUCCUCGAGAGCGUCGCGGACUUCGCGGCGGCGGACGCGGCCGACGGCGACGACGCCGGCGGCGCCGCGGAGCUCUCGGAGAUCAAGCGCCAGGUGCUCGACGCGAUGCGCGCGAAAUUCCGGCCCGAGUUCCUCAACCGCCUCGACGAGAUCGUCGUCUUCAACCCGCUCCGCAAGUCCAUGCUCGCGGACAUCGUGGAGCUGGAGGUCAACGCCGUGGCGAAGCGGCUCAACGCGUCCCACGCCGCGGGCCUCGUGCUCGACGCGGGCGCCGUCGAGCACCUCGCGACGUCGGGCUUCGACGCGGCCUACGGCGCGCGGCCCCUCAAGCGCCUCGUGACCAAGAGCCUGGAGACGCCGCUCUCGCGCGCGAUCCUCAGCGGCGGGCUCAAGUCGGGCGACGUCGCCCACUUCACCGUGCGCAACGAGCGCCUCGUGCUCGACGUCCGCGCGCCGAGCGACGACGCGCCGCCGCCGGCCGACGCCGACGCCGAGGAGGAGGAGGACGCGGCGCCGCCGACGAAGAAGUCCCGGAGCCUCAGCCGCUAGCGCCCGCCCGGCCCGCGACGCGCGCGGCGCGUACUAGAAGUACAGUACUAGCGACGCG